UCUCUCUCCCUCUGAUCUCUUCUUCUGGGUCUCACUCUCCACGCGAAGUCAAGAUGAACAAUCUUCUGACGGAUUCUUUUGAAAUGGACGAGAAACCUCCCAAGGAGAGGGACAUCGAGAUGGGGCGUCGGGACUCCAAGAACAGAUCAGAUUAUGGACUCGAGGACUUCUUCGAGGAGGUCAAGGAGAUCGAGAUGCUGCUGGAGAAGAUGUCCAACAUAGUCAAGAAACUUCAGGAAGCAAAUGAGGAGUCAAAAUCAGUGACUAAAGCCUCCGCAAUGAAAUCAAUCAAGGGGCGGAUGGAGAAAGACAUUGACGAAGUGGGGAAGAUUGCACGUAACAUAAAAGUGAAGUUAGAGCAAAUGGACAGAAAUAAUCUUGCUAACAGAAAGAAGCCAGGUUGUGGGAAAGGCACAAGUGUAGAUCGAUCGAGGAUGUCUAUGACCAUUGCACUUAAGAAGAAACUCAAAGAAAGGAUGAACGAUUUCCAGAAUCUAAGGCAAACAAUUCAACAAGAAUACCGAGAAGUUGUUGAGAGAAGGAUAUUCACAGUCACUGGGACAAAGCCUUCUGAUGAGGUGAUUGACAACCUGAUUGAGACCGGUAGCAGCGAGCAGAUCUUCGAGAAAGCAAUUCAAGGAAUUGGUAGAGGACAGAUUCUGGCCACGGUUGAAGAAAUUCAGGAACGGCAUGAUGUGGUCAUGGAUAUUGAGAAAAAGCUUAUAGAAUUGCAACAGAUAUUUUUAGACAUGGCAGCCCUCGUCGACGCACAAGGAGAGAUAUUGGACAACAUAGAGAGCCAGGUUCAGAAUGCUGUAAACCAUGUGCAAACUGGUACUGAAGCCCUGCGUAGCGCCAAGAGCAUGCAGAAGAAGUCGAGGAAGUGUAUGAUGAUUGCUAUUAUCCUUCUUCUCGUCAUUGCAGGGAUCAUCGUGCUUUCAGUUCUAAAGCCUUGGGCCAAGUAAGAAGAUAUACCCUCUUUGCGGGAUGUAUGUCGCAAACAUAUUCUUCAUCAACUUCCUUAAAACAAAUUCAGCGAGCCUUUCUGAUAUGCUUUAUUUGUGGACGGUUCGAUUAUUCAUGUACUAGCUAGUUGCAGUGAUAUGUAAGAUAAAGUUUUAAGUCUAAAGUGGAACCAAGAAACAGUUCCUAUCUUGAUAAGAGAAUCACGAAACAAAUGAACACUU